GGAAUGCCAAACCGCAAAGAUUGAGCAACUUAAGGCGUCUCAAACUGUCAGUCAGCAGGGAGCACUGUGCUCACAAAAUACGUUCUACAGAUAGAUGUUUGUUCAAUACAUCCAUGGAUCUCAGCGAUGCACUGUAAAUCGCGUCCGCGGGCAAGCUUGCUGGUGGUGCAUUUGGCUCGCUCGCUGCGCUUCUGGGGUACCGUCCGCGCGUAGAUAAUACAGAUCGCCCCGAUCUAUUCAAAACAUAUGCCACAUCACGCAUACGUGCCUUCGGGAGGUUGCACAAUGGGGGCCAAACCGGUCCCGCGCUUCGCAUCCCUUCGGCCGAUCUUGGCGCUUGCAAAAAAGUAAAGGUGCUGGACGCCCUGGCUAUUCACCAAAAUAAGAGUCAACGCGUUUCGUUCACCCACCCCACAAAGUGCAUCUGCUUUGACCAGCGUUUUCUCAUGGCAAACGCCCUCAAAUAUUAAUGGCGCGCUGCUGGGUUGGGCGUCAGGGUGCAUAAAGUCUGUUACACUUGGUCGCAGCCUUGAAAGCGGGCUGGGGCGCACGACAGACCCCAAAAACACGCCAGGAGACACACUUUGGAACAGCAUGUGUAGAUGAGUGGCUAAUAGUGUUAUCUUGGUAGGGCCAACAGCGGACUCGCCACCGGCCUCACCCUAGCUUGUCAGCUUAGGGACUCGCAAGAGGUAGUCUUAUGACGCCGACCCACGGCUUAGGUGAGCAGCGCUAGCGUUUGCGGUGAGCCGGGCCUGGGGUUCCUCCCCUCUCCGGAGGCGAGGAGCAUGGGGGUCAUUCGGGGAUCUCUCCUCGGCUACCUGCCUCCGGUCACCAUCCUACGCCCGGCUGUGCUGGUGCCCGGGCCCUGGUGCUUUGCACUUCCGCUCUGGGGCAAUCCUGUCUUGCCGUGUGCGGCGGGGCUUCAGGCGGGUGGCUUGGAACGUGACUUCCCGGCUCUCAUGGCGCUGCCGGGUCUGCUCACGCUCGGCACGGCAGUGCGGUGCUGGGAGGCGCUGGCCGCGGUGCGCCAGCUGGUGGCUUCCAAGCCGGCUGGUGCGCUGGGGCCGCGCCUCGCGCGUCGCUGCACUAUGCAGUACAAGCGGUCCGUCCUGCGCCCCAUCCUGCGCAUUGCGGAUAUGGCGCGCGUGCCGCCGGAGCUGCAGUCCGGCCCGGAUGCUGCUGCCCAAUUCUCCGCGCUGCUGGCCCGUAUGGCUGCUGCUUGCGCAGAGCCUGGGGUGGCGGCAUGGCGCGGCUGACGUGCCCUUGCUGACCCUUACGGUGAAGCAGGCAACCCAGCUUCAACUUGCGCCUGCGUACGACGCACUCCGCGUGCGUCACUUGGCCUUCAUCCAAGAGGCCUACAGCGGCGCCGCGCCGCCAGCGGAAGCGAUUCAUGCGCUGCGGGCGGCCCUGGCGCGGCUGUGGGCUUUGGUGUGGGAGCCGCGACACAAGGAACCGCUCUGGCGUCUGGCAGUCAAUGGGUUCACGGGCUUUGGGAUGCUUGCGGCGUGGGCCGCAGAUGGACGCGUGGAGAAAUGCCCGUGUGGGACUCAGAUGACUGCUGGGGCUAGGGUUCAUCACUUCUGGGACUGUGUGGUGGCGGAGGCUCUGCGUGAUGUGAUGCGGGAGCAUGCGAAUGUGGACAUCACACGGAACCAGUUGUGGUUAGUACAGGCGCCACCAGGGCUAUCGCAGGCGGUGUGGGACAUCGUGUGCUUGGCUGCUGUGGCGGCCCUGGAAUACGGCCGACAGCGCCUUUACGCUUGCCGUGAUGCUGCAGACCGGACUGCGGAGGUUGCUGUUGUGCGAAGGAUCGGUGUGGAGGUGAUUGCGGACUUCUGGUCACGGCUAGCUGCGUUUGUGAGUCUGCGUCGGCCUCCGCGCCGCUGGGACCUUGUCCCGAACCAGCACCCAUUCCUAGCGUCAGAUGAUGUUGGAGGGGUUAUCUUGGUAGGGCCAACAGCGGACUCGCCACCGGCCUCACCCUAGCUUGUCAGCUUAGGGACUCGCAAUAAGAGGUAGUCUUAUGACGCCGACCCACGGCUUAGGUGAGCAGCGCUAGCGUUUGCGGUGAGCCGGGCCUGGGGUUCCUCCCCUCUCCGGAGGCGAGGAGCAUGGGGGUCAUUCGGGGAUCUCUCCUCGGGUGAGCGUGCGUGUCUCGUACGUUUUUGGGGCCCUGGCUAGUCCACGGCUGUCGUCCCACAUGUAACCUCUAUCAGCU